CUUCCCGUACAUAUGUUACAUACAAACUGAACAAUUGUGGCCCCUUUAUUUUAUUCAUAAAGGUUCAGUGUAUCUUUGCCAGCCUACAUCAAUCUGCAAAGGAGUUGCAGAAAAGCCUCAUGUUCAUCGAGCCGUGAGUCACACAUGAUUUUUAAAGCUGUUAUGAAUAAUAAUAAUCCAAACAAUUGUUUUCUUUCCGGGAAGUUGUAUCUUUUUUUUUAGCAUCACAACAAUGGAUAUUAAAAUCUUGGAAGUAGUUGCAGCUUGAAUUAAGACGUUGCCUGGUUGCGUUGAAAGCCACGUUUAUUGUCAAGCAGAGACCAUAUUAGCCAUCGAAAAGCUCUGCACAGAUCUUUACAAUCUUACUUGUGUAUCAUUCCACACUUCCUUACUACAGGUUUGAGCAAGAACUGUUCCCAUUUAUACUUUCCUACAGCGGGUUUAAAAUUCUGCAGCUGAGGUCUUGGAGAAUGCAGAAGGGUACAGUAUGUUGGAGCUCGCAGUGUGUAUAAAGCUAACAUUUUUCUUGGGUUUUCUUUCAAUGUUCCAUUUGUGUCAGGGACUUCGUUGGCGCCAACUAUAUCCUAGACCUGAAUCUAUUUUAAAUGGUCUCAUUUUGUUGAAGUUAGGAGAUCUAGCUGACGCCCGUAACAGCUGUUGCAGUGACACAGCACUGUUAAGCUGAGUGACAAUGUCAUGAGACCAAGGGAUCGUCAUGAGCCUGUCCCUGUCCAUCAUUAAAAACACCCAUACAGUAGGCUUACAACCAUUUGGCUGUUGAUUUUUCUAUAGGCCUAUAUUCUUCAGUUGAACAGGUGCUUUCAGAAUGCCAUGACGAGAGUGUCAAGUCACAGUCUUAGCACAACCAUAUUCUUAAUGUAGUAUCGAGGCUCUGGUAAGGUAAGCCUCUAGGUUACAGCAGAAAAUACAGCAAGCCUUAAGGGACACACCACUCUGGUCCCAAUGCAGGCCCAAUUGUUUACUGACUGGUAAACCUGGGUUCCGCUUUAAACACAAGUGGGAUAUCUUAAGACAAAGUGAAUGUCGUUGAGUACUGUCCAAAGGCACACAUUCUGUCACUUGAUGCAUUCUAGCUGAAUAUAUCUAUGUUCAUUUCACCCCAAUAAAGAGAAUACCAAGAUGCAAUUGUAAAAAAAAAAAAAGGUCAAAUCUUUGCCCCUUUACCCUAAUAUGGGUAUAAAGCGUUGGAUACCUCGCUCUAGUGGACCAAUAGCUAUGUGAGCUAUUUCUGACUGUUGCUUUUUGCAUGUUUCAGGGGACGAGACGCGGCAGAGGGUCAAGUUCACUGACGAGCGGGUCUGCAAAAGCCAUCUCCUGAACUGCUGUCCCCACGACAUCCUCUCUGGAACUCUGACUGACUUAAUCGACAGCGUAUGGAUCUGGGAGAAUGUGCGAAGACCCACGACCUGGCGCUCCGGGCCGACUAUGAAAUCGCCUCCAAGGCGAGGGAACUCUUCUUUGAGCUUGACGCUGUGGAUCACCUGGAGUCUUUCAUCGCUGAUUGCGACCGUAGAACAGAGUUGGCCAAGAAACGGCUGGUGGAGACUCAGGAUGAGAUCAGUGCGGAGGUGGCUGCAAAGGCAGAGACUGUCCACGAGCUGAACGAAGAGAUCGGGAAGCUCCUGGCCAAGGCAGAGCAGCUGGGAGCCGAGGGGAACGUAGAUGAAGCCCAGCUGAUCCUACAGGAAGUGGAGAAGGUCCGCAGCAGGAAGAGGGAUGCCGAGGAGGAGUACAGAAACUCCAUGCCUGCCUCCAGUUUCCAGCAGCAGAAGCUCCGUGUCUGCGAGGUAUGCUCGGCCUACCUGGGUCUCCACGACAACGACCGUCGCCUGGCCGACCACUUUGGUGGGAAGCUGCACCUGGGAUUCAUCCAGAUCAGGGAGAAACUGGAAGCCCUGAAGAAAACAGUCAUUGACAAGCAGGAGAAGAGGAACCAGGACCGUCUCAAGAGGCGAGAAGAGCGAGAGAAGGAAGAACGGAUGAAGACGAGGACCAAAUCACGGAGCAGGGAACGGAGCAGGGAACAUAGGUCCCGCUCUCGCGAACGUAGGAGACGGCGUUCCUCGUCUCGGGAGAGGCGGCGUUCCUCCCGCUCUCGCUCCAGGGACCGGGAGAGGAGGAGACGCCACUCCCGAUCCUGCAGCAAGGGCCACCGCCACGAGCCCAGCACCAGACACAAGUCGUCCAGGGAUCGAGAGCGCUCCUCCAGAGACCAUUCACGGGAGCGAAGCAGGAAGAGGGGAUCCUCCGAGCGGCGACAAGACAGCAGGGAUCAGAACGGGAGGACGGACUCCCGCCGGGCGCAGGACAGGGACAGAGACACCGGGGACCUCUGAGGACUCUCGCUAUCUAUCCAUCCUCAAAACACAACCUCCUUUUCUCUCUUUCAUACCUGUCCACAUAUCUAUAAGGAUUCUCUUAACAGCAAUGUCCAGAGACGUUUUGAUUUGACAGAUAUUCCAGCCAACCCACUGUGUCCCAAAUAAAUAGAGCUCAUAUGACCACAGGUGUGUGUGUGUGUGUAUGUAUCGUAUAUUGCGCAAAUAUAUACAGUACCAGUCAAGUUUAGACACACCUACUCAUUCAAGGGUUAUUCUUUAUUUUUACUUUUUUCUACAUUGUAGAGCAUUAGUGAAGACAUCAAAACUAUGAAAUGGCACGUAUGGAAUCAUGUAGUAACCAAGAAAUGUGUUAAACAAAUCAAAAUAUAUUUUAAAAGUAGCCACCCUUUUCCUAGACAACAGUUUUGCACACUCUUUGCAUUCUCUCAACCAGCUUUAUGAGGUAGUCACCUGGAAUGCAUUUCAAUUAACAGGUAUGCCUUGAAGUUAAUUUGUUGUAUUUCUUUCCUUAAUAUGUUUGAUCUAAUUAGUUGUGUUGUGGCUUUUUGACUGGUACUGUAUAUAUUUCAAGCAUUCAAAUAUAUCGGUAGUUGUUGAAUGUUGUGGGGGUGCACAAAGUCCUGCCAGCAUAUGUUUUAAGUGAUGGCUGUUGAUUGCAAUUCAUUUGAUUUUAUAUACAUAUUCUAUGAAACAAUCCUAAAUAUACAAUUUAAGUGGUAGCUAUAGAAAUUAUAAAUUAAUGACCAUUGAAUGAACCAUAAACUUAAAGAAUAGAGGAUUUAAAUGUUUCUUUGUUUUGAUACUGUUACUUUUAAACUGUCAGGAUUGCUGUGCGAUUGAGACACUGCUUAAUCAUACUUCCUGCAUACUGUCCUGGGUCAUGUUCAUUAGGCACCAAACAGAAGAAACCGGACUGAAACAGGGAGGCGUCAUCUGGAUUUGUCCAAUAAGAAAAGCACAUUUUUGCUCUCCCGUAAAAACAUAGUGAAAGGUUUUCAAUUAGUGUCCUAAUGAACACAACUCGGCAUACUGCCUUAGAUUGGCUUCACUCUUCGAGGCUUCCUUCCUAGAGGCUAUUUCACUAUGCUGGUCGCAGUAAUUUGCCAUUUAAAGUUGCAAAAAUAUUUAACAUGCCAGUAAUCAUAGGUCAGAUAUGUGCAGAACAGAUUAUAAGAUUGAUCAACGAAGACAUAUUGUUGUUGUUUGACUGGAUCAGGACAUUUGGAAAUACAAAAGGAAUUUGGUCAGUUGUGAACAUUAGUUAGCUCAUUUCUGUCAGCUUGUGAAAUACCCUUUGCUUCUAUAGUUAUGGCCUAGACUGACUGACGGGACAUUUAUAUUUGGAGAGAUAGCAGCAGUUCGAAUGAAUAUGUCAUAAGGAUUUCCGUCACGCUUUAGAUUUUAUUGUCCUUUGUGUUCACAAAUGGAGUCUUCUUUUUUUUGAGAGAGAAUUUUACAAGUGUGUUCCAAGUUUUCAUGUCAUGUGAAGUCUGUAUUUGUGUGUAGUAGACAUGAUGGACUUUGCAUGUCUCCAAUGGAUUGAGUAGGAAAUGCUGUUUUGGAUUGAGAAUGACUCUAUGUGACCCUAGAAGUCAGUUACGCUACCCAGGAAGUCAGCUAUGUUACCCAGCAAGUCAGCUACGUUACCCAGGUAGUCAGCUACGUUACCCAGGUAGUCAGCUACGUUACCCUGGUUUUGGACUAUGUCACUUGGUGCUGGGAACAAUAUCCUAAGUACCUGCUUAUGUUCAUUUUACUUUCCAGUAUUUUGAUGCUGAAUCCGCAGCUUGUACAUCUUCUGAAUAUGUUGGUUCAUGUAUGUCAGUCACUUGAAAUUGGAUGCAAACACAUAUAAAGGAAUGCAUAACUUUUCCUAAUUGGUGCCAGCUCUAGUAUUGGUUUGGUCUGUUUGUAUUAUUUUGCUAGAAGAUGAUUUUCUCUGAAGCCUGAAUAAAAAUCCCAGAAUUGUA